UGAAUACCAGAACACAGGAUAUGCUUUCGCAGUGCUCUCAGUUUCACAGCAGCAGUAACCGUGAGGACGACACACUCUGCAGUCAAGAUGAGUGCUGGGGAUGUGGUCUGCACCGGCUGGCUCAUUAAAUCCCCCCCGGAGAAGAAACUGAAGAGAUUCGCAUGGAGGAAACGCUGGUUUGUGCUUCGAAGAGGUCGCAUGAGCGGCAAUCCUGAUGUGCUGGAGUACUUUCAAAGUAAGAACUCCAAAAAGCCAAUACGCAGCAUCGACCUGAAAGAGUGCGAGGUCGAAAUGCUCAACGGGCAGCUCAGGAUAAAGCGGGACUUCCACGGGAAGCACCUCUUUGUGGUGAAAACCUCAUUUCGUGUUUUUUACCUGGUGGCCAAAACUGAGGAGGAGAUGAACAGCUGGAUCAGUAGCAUCAGUCAAAUCUGCCAGUUUGGGAGCCUGGAGGAUGCAGAGAGCUCAGAAGAAGGCUUUCCUCACACCCCCACUUCCCUUCAUCCGUCACCUGACAGCUCUGACCGAGUGUCUGUAUCGAGCCAACCAGAUUCUAGCCACCCGCUGGACUACCUAUUUCUCUCACAGUGUGAGACGGGAAGUAUAAGCACUAGUAGACAUGACAGCUUUUCAAACUCUGAGAUCUCUCUGGAGCAGAAGUCAUCAGAUGAUGCGUUCAAGGACGUUGUCCCCUCACCUCUUUACACCAAUUCCUCUUCAUCCUCUAUCUUUCAAGCCAGCCCUAGUCUCUUCCUCCAUGGAAGGUUGACUAACCCUCCUUUCAGCGCGCCAUGCACCUCCAUGGCUUUACCGUCAUCCUCUUCCUCUCCACUACGUCACUGUGCAACAAGUGUCUUCCGGUUUGACAAACUUUAUUCUUCUGCAUCGUUCGAGGCAACGAUUGACAGACAAACUCCUCCUCCGCUGCCACCCAAGUCUAAUAACCUGUCAGAGCAGCUAAGUGAUGAAGGAGCUCACAGGCUGAGGACAGAAAGUGCACUGCAUUUCUCAAACCCUGCCGCAUUAUGUGUUCGGAGGACCUCUUUGUCAAGCCUGGACCAUUUCAGAAUAGUAGAUGCUGACAGCAGAUCGAUGAGGAGCAGGAGACAGAGUCUUAAUCUGCAGCCUCGUUUAAAUACCACUCGAUUUCAAAGCUUCCAGGAUGAGUCAUAUGUCCCUAUGGCUUCCCCAUCUCCCACUGUUGCCACCACUGAAUGUGAUGGCUACAUCCCCAUGAGCCCCAGCACAUUCAGCUUCCUCAAUAAAAACUGCAACGUUGAGUCCUCCACGACUCACGACACACUAAUGUGUCAACCGGGAGAUUAUGCACCGCCUCCAAUUCACCGGCAUCUCAAGCCUCGCCUGAGGAGAGCUCGACCUCCACCUCUUGACUUGAGAGGCCUCUCUACAAUCACAGAGUGUCCCACUCAUCUUCCCCUGAGCAGAGCAUUAACUGAAUCAUGCUUUUCAGAGAACUGUUUACCUCUUGAAAGAAGACUUGAGAAUGGGGAAAAUCCAAGAGACGAAGACACAAACUGCACUGCAGUGGAAUCAAGACCACAUUUCUGUCUCAGCUAUGAUGGAGUGAGAAGAUCAAACCUUGACUAUCUGUCACUGGAUUUCAAUUCUGCAUCCCCCUCUCCUGUGCAGAAGCAGAAGCCCUUACUGUGCGAUGAGCACAGAGUGGAUUACGUGCAGGUGGAUGAGAAAAAGACUCAGGCACUGCAAAACACCAAAAUGGAGUGGACAGAUGUCCGGCAGUCAAAAACAUAAAUGGAACAUACUGAGAAAAAUCAGGAACACUUGGUUUCAAGAAGACCAACAAUAACACCAGCGGCGAGGAUAUGUAUAUGAAGAGGACCAAAACCAAUUCAAAAGCACUUUGAAAAACAGUAUUUAAGUAAGUCAGCAGUUAAAUGCUUGUUUGCGGGAUGGGAAGACAAAAUUGCACUGUAAAACUUUCUCAGUAGAUCAAUAUUUUCAAUAAUACCAGAUGUUGCACCCGUAUCACAACGAUUUUUACAGUAGCAUAACGUUUUACACCAUUUUAUUAAGAGCAUCAUAUUGCGUCAUUGUAAAAAACACAUGUGAGACUUUCUGUAAAUGUAUGUAUAGUAAUUGUAAAUAAGACAAAUAUUUUAAUGAGAAAAUGUUUUUAUAUAUAUAUUUCUCUCCCUCAUUAUGUAUCAUAAACCAAAAUGAUCCAGCUUUCUCUUUCUUCUUCUGUGGCCUUCAUAUUGAAGAUGUUGUUCACUUGUUUUGGUGCUGUGAUUACUCCAAGAGAUUGUGGAAACAAGACAUAGACUUUGCUUCCUCUAUAUACCCACAAACCUCCCUGAGGUUUGAAGAUGUUAUUUUUGGUUAUAUUGAUUUCACACAUAAGAGAGGACUCUGACUUUUUUAGUGACUUUAUAAUGGUUGUAGCUAAAUAUCGCAUUCAUAACUCAAAAUUCAGCAGAAGAAAACUAUCAUUAUCUGUUGUCACUAACAAUGUCAAAAAUUAUACUGAAGUAAUUUCCUCUUUUCUGAGCAAAAAGGCUGCCAAACCUUUUCCUUUUCUUACAAUUUUAAUUUAUUGUGUUUUGGGUAAUUUAUUUAAUAAUAUGUCUUUUGUGUCGUGUGCUUGUCUUCGUCCACUGGCAUUUUCUAAUGUUGCUCUGAUUAGUAUAAAUAAAGUUUAUAUUUAAAAAAUAA